ACAUCGCUUCCGUAAACGUACGUCGUUCCUAGUUAGUUUGGUUGGCUGCAAAAAUUAUGAUUUUAGCCAAUCACAUUGUUCCAGGUCACUCACAGCAAAUGUACAGGAAGGAAAGAUGGCAGCCAGAAAUGGGAAGAAUGGUCUACUUGAGAAAUGGAGGAUUGAUGAGAAACCUGUGAAGAUUGACAAAUGGGAUGGUGCAGCUGUCAAGAAUUCUCUUGAUGAUGCAGCGAAGAAGGUGCUCUUGGAGAAGUAUGGUUAUGCCGAGAACUUCAAUCUCGUAGAUGGACGUCUCCUCAUUUGCACAAUCUCCUGCCUCUUUGCCAUCGUAGCUUUAAUUUGGGACUUCCUUCAUCCAUUCCCUGAGUCCAAGCCAGUCCUGGCAAUCUGUGUUAUAUCGUAUUUCAUAAUGAUGGGCUUUCUAACCUUAUACACCUCCUACCAAGAGAAGAACAUCUUCCUCGUUUCUGUCCAGAAAGAUCCCGCAGGCAUGGACCUUGACCACACCUGGCAGCUUUCAUCUAGUCUGAAAAGGUUUGAUGACCAGUACACACUAAGAGUGUCCUUCACAGAUGGGAAGUCCAAACACACACGGGAGCAAGAGAUCACAAAGUCUGUGGGGGCUUUCUUUGACGGGAACGGAACGCUGGUCAUGGACCAGUUUGAAAAGUGUGUGUCAAAACUCCAUAAUACCUUGGCCACUGAAAAGAAGACAAAAUAAUAAUGAUCAGACCUUUACAAUGCUGCACCACACCGGCAUGAACUGCAGUAGAGCACACUGGUAUUGUACAAUCCUGGGUGCAUUUGGAUUAGUUAUUGGUUGUUAUAAAAGUCUGCACGCCAGCAUUUGUUGUCUUGUUAUAAUUGUCCAAUAAAUUUGAGGGUUGUCAUUACAUUUCCCCCCUAUGUUUACUUUGAUACAGGUUUCAUCUAGACAUUGCUUUUGAGGACCCUUAGGACAACUUAACAAAACUUGAUCGGUGCAAAAAAUGUCUUCUCCCUUGAAUGGCUGUUAAAAAUUAAGAGAUUGGUCUUCUUUGACUUUUCUUCCCCAGAUUUGAUGCUUUAGGACAAAGCCUUACGUAAUGCGUGCAGUGACCGACCGGAUCAUUUUUGUUGGAAAUUAUGUUAAAUUGUCCUGAAAGACUUAUUCAACUACUGUCCUUUUAAAAGCUUUGCAAUUCUACAUGUAUGUAUUUAUGUAUUUUUUUUAAUGGAUUUUGUUACCAUAAGGCUUUAUAGGGCAAAAUAAAUGAUCUGGAGGGACUGUAUCCAUACAUUUCUUAGUGUCGCCGCCAUGCCUCCCUUCAGUACAUGGUUUGUUGGACGUAUUUCUUUAAAUUUGGAAUCUGUUUAGGUGGAACUGCCAUGUCCUUUUGCAAUAUUACAACAAAGACAUUACUUCAAACAAUUAUUCCCCCCCUCCAGAUAUUGCACAUCACUGCAUGUGUGAUAGCACAGCAGAGUAUGUACUGCAAUUUUAUUUUUCAUUGUGUUGCUGGAUGCUCAUCUCCUUUUCAAAAAUAAUAAAAGGCCUAGGGGUGAUCAGUGGCACUGUUUCACCUUUUGCGGCGCCACUUUAAAGCAGGGAUAAUUGUUUUGAUGUACAUGUUUUUGUCAACGGUUUGAAAAUGAAAUGAUAUUGAUCAGUUAUCCUCACUCGAAUGCAUGACCAUUUUAGAUAUUUAAUUUAUAUUGUGACGGUUGGAUGAUAUUCCUGGAUAGUUAAUUUCUCUGUAGUAUGACUUUAAAAGUGAGGGGUACAGAGACGUUGCCAUUUUUGUCUGUAGGUUUUUGGCUUUAGCAACCUUAUUGUAUGUACCUGUUCAUAUAAGUUUCAAAUAAAGUUAGAAGGCAUUUUUA